AUGCCUUACUCUGAUAGAUUUGCUGAAAAACAGGCUAAGCUUAUGCGUUUGAAAAUUAAUAGGCAGCAUGUUUUAGACAGAUGCGAGAAACUAUUAGCGCCUAAACUUAGAAAAGACAUUCUGCUCACAGAAACUAAGCUGUCCAGAGACAAGCUAGACUUGAUGAAACUCGCUAUUGAGCAAAGACGAAGUAUAAUUGAGAAAAAGAAAACAGAGUUAACCGAUUUAACCAGCUAUAAUAAUGAACUUCGUCUUAAACUGCCAAGGUAUCAGAAGAGGGUGUCAAGCUUAGGCAAGCAUGCUCAAAAUCAGAGAAUUGAAUUGCAAAACAAAAUUUGUUCGUACAAUGACCAAUCUCAAGCUCUGGCCGCUCUAAGGAGGUCAAGAAUACGGCAAUUUACAAAAUAUAUAUUUCCAGUAUAUAUGAGUUAUGAUUCCAGCGACAGUAUAGAAGAUUUGGAGUUUCUGGGUGAUGAUUGUGAGGAGGAGCCACCGCGACGGCCGCAACUUCACAUUGUUGCACCAUGGAUAGAUGCUGACGGGGAUUGUUCUCAUAUACAAGCAUGGGCGGCGCAGAGCAAGGAGGGCGCGGGCGGGCCGGAGGCGGGGCCGAGCCCUGCGCAGUGCGCGGGCGCCGCGCUGCUGCUCGCCGCGCAGCUCGUCGCGCUGCUCGCCUGGACGCUCGACGUGCGCACGCCGCACGCCAUCUCGCUCAGUUAUGAGGAAAUCCGCAGCGAGUACAGCUCUGGGCGCGUUUGGGGCGGCGCUGUGCGGCGGCUGCGCGCGUGCGCCGCUGCACUAUGCGCGCGCGCCGGCGUUCGCCGCCUCGGCCCUCCGCCCGCUGACGCCUCCCCCUCCCCCUGGCCCUCGGCCCCCGCCCCGCCCCCCCCGCCCCCCUCCCCUCUGGCGGCGCACGGCGCCCUCGGCGGGCUGCACGCGCUCGCGCUCGCCGCUGCCGCAGACGACCCCCGCCUGGGCAGGGUGGAGCCGUGGCUGAGCCGGUCGGCGUCGUGCUCGUCGGAGUGGGCGGAGGCGUGGCAGGGCGCCGCGCCCGACCUGGACGAGCCCGAGCCGCCCGAGCACCUCUGCUGGCCCGACGCCAACGACUUCCAGGAGGAGGAGAUGAGCCGCAGUCCGGGCGGGGCUCCAGCGCCCUCGCUGGUCACGUCGGCGGCCGCCUCGAUCGCCUCCAUGUGGCGCGGCUGGACCAAG